AUGGCGGCAGAUCAAGUGCUGAGCAUCUUCCAACGCUGCGUGGUCCCACGGCUCGAGAGUCAGGAGCUCAAGGGCGUCCUCCAAUCACUUCAGCCGCAGGGGCUCGGAGACGCGGAGAUCGAUGAGCUGAUCAAGCCGUUCAAAGGCUCUGAUGGAAUGGUUCAUGUGGAGGACUUUGUCCGUUGGAUCUACAGCACUCCAACCCUUCCCUCGGUGAUGUCUCGGCCCCCCUUGGCUAUUCACGACAUGGGCACUGCUCCACGUGUGGAGCGUGGCUUCGGGUGGCUGCGCAAGGCGAAUGGCAAGACGGACCGAGAACGGCGUCGCGAGAUCAGCGCCCUCACGCGGCAGGUGGUGGAGCACCAGGCCUACCAACUGGGCUCCACGGUGAUCCGACUGAGCCAUGUGGAGGAGAUGCUCCAAGGCACUUGCUUGCUCUUUCCCGGCAGCCCCGGUUGGAGCGAGAUCCCUUUCGGCGGCACGCAGAUCUUUUCCACCGAGCUCCUCGUGGAGGAGGGCACCGUCUUGGAGGUGGCGGUGCAGGAGGCACAGCGAGGUGCCCACACAGUGGCCGUGAACGCAGCGUCUGCGUAUCACGCAGGUGGCGGCUUCUUGACGGGCGGCCGUCAUGCCCUGGAGGAGGCGAUGUGCGUGCAAAGUUCCCUCUAUGAGUCCCUGGAGAAGGGCAUCGCUUUGGCGGAAGCUGCCCAGGUCAAGGCGCCCAGUUGGGUGCGCCCGGCCAAACGUCGAGAUGGCCAAGAGUGGGUGGCCCAUUUGCCUGACGACGGAGUGUUGCUCUCGCCGAAGGUGGAGGUCUUUCGUCAGGGCACCAACGAGGGCUACACCUUCCGGGACCAAGUCACGCUGCUCAGCGCCGUGGUCUCGGUGGCCAUGCCCAACCGCAAUGAGAAGAUGAACGACUCGCCGGUGGACGCCCACCCCGAACCCGAAGGUUACAGGCAACAGCUGGACCGGAAGUGGCUGGCCGUGCUGAAGGCCGCCGCCUGCAACCCUGAGGUGACCUCCCUGGUGGUCCCAGAUGCUGGCUGUGGCGUCUUCUACAACAGCCCCGACGAGGUAGGUGCCAGCUUCGGCCGGGCCCUGCGGGACUUUCGUGGCCGCUUCCGGCGGGUGAUCAUCGCCUUCCCGGGGGGUAAGGCAGGCAUAGCUUUUGCUGCUGCUGCAGAGGAGGCCUUUGCGUAG